AUGCCACGUAAGCUACGUAAGAAUAUACGUAAGAGGAAGAGAGCAUUGAAACAUCCAAUAGUAAGACUAACACCACAACAACAGUUGCAACAACAAAUGCUGAAUGACCCCACUAUGUUGCAACAAAUGUCAAGCAAUCCUAUGCUUUUAAACCGAGUUGUUGGUGCACAGAGUGGAGGUUUAAGAGCGGCACUUUUAGCGAAAAUGGCAGGCUAUGGUGGAGCUGCAGACGGAACAGCAUAUAACCCUCAAAGUCAAAUGAAUUUGAGUUCACUCAAAAAUCAAAUAGCAGAUGUCAAAAAGUCAAACAUAGACAUACAGAAGCAAAUAGGUGAAAACGAAAAGAAACUAGAAUAUGACAGACACACAAAGAAACUCAAUGAGUUAAACGUAGAGAAAAAGAAGAAAGAAGAACAACUGAAAGAACUAAGUACGGAGGAAUAUGCGAAAAAAGUGUCAGAAAAAGCAACAGAAGUAGCAAAAAUGGAACAAGAUGUUGUAAAUUUGAAAAACCAUACUACUCGAUAUAAAGUACUGAAAGAUGAAGAGAUAAAACAAAAAGCCCUGAAGACAUAUAUGGAUAGCGAUGAGUAUAAAAAAGAAGUUGAAGCAAAUGUAAAGGCAGAAAAACUUUUACAGUUGCAAAACCAAACCGUACAGUAUGAAAACUUAGCACAAGAAAGUAAAAAUAACGACGCAGCCAUGCAAAAGGCAAUGAAAAGCGCAGAAUAUAUAAAAGCUAACAAUGACUGGUUAGAUGCCCAAGCCAACGCUAAAGCAGCCCAACUCAUAGGGUCAAUAAGGACAAAAAUACAAGCGGAUGAAGAUAGUUCAAAUGAAGCUUUAACAAAUGCUGACUUUAAGAACGCCUUCGAAGCUCUUCAUAGUAAGGUGAAACAAGUGAACGACUUCUCAUCUGGAAAGAAACUGAAGUCUGAAGGUUUCGACAAAGAGUUAAAAGAAGUAG